UUCCGGGGCUGUGAGGAGAGUCUGGCGGGAGGGGAAAGGGUCUGCCCUGAGCGGGAUAACGGGUUGUUUGGGUUUUUUUUUCCCUCAGGAAGGGAAAUAAUUACCGGCUGGGCCCCUGAGAGGGGGACAUGGCGACAUCCUGGGCCCCGCGGGGGUCUUCCCUGAGGGGGGAGCAGGGCUGCGGCCUGGGCCCUGCGGAGGGGGAAUGUGUCCGUGGGUUUGCUCUGCUGUGGGGCCUCUCCUGAAGGGAGAAAGUGGCCGUAGGUUUCUCUGUGGGAGCAAUGUGGCCACGGACUCGGCUGGCUGAGGUGUUUUCCUCCAGGGAGUGUGGCCGCAGACUGGGCCCUGUGAGGGGCCUUCCUUGAGGGGGAUGUGUCCCCAGGCCGGGCUUGCUGCAGGGUUUAUCCCCGAGGGGAAUGCGGGAGCAAGCCUAGAGCCAGGGCCCUUCGCGAUGAAGAGCAGCAGUGAGCUGGGCUGGGGAAGGUUGGUCUCUGAUGGGGAUGGCGUUGGGCCAUCUUUCCCCCACCUCUGUGGGGAGAUGAGGAUGGGCUGAGCGGGCCCUCCGAGGGCGGUGAUGGCAGACUGGCAUUCCCCUGGGGCCAUCAGGCGACUGAGCCCAGGCUGUGCCGCAGGAGAAGCAGUGGCACUGGUGCUGGUGGCCGUGCUGUGGGGCAGCACCGGGCCGUUCCUGCGGACGGGCGCGGAGGGGCUGGAGGAGGUGCGGCGCCAGGGCCGCCUGCAGCAGCUGCUGGCCGAGAUCCGCUUCCUGGGCCUCAACUACAAGUACAUGGUGCCGUUUCUGCUCAAUCAAGGUGGAUCUCUCCUCUUCUACCUCACCUUGGCAUCUGCAGAUCUGUCCCUGGCUGUCCCGCUCUGUAACUCCCUGGCUUUGAUAGUCACACUGGUGACGGGGAGGAUUCUGGGAGAGGACAUCGGUGGUAAAAGGGCUGUGGCAGGAAUGCUGCUCACCGUCCUAGGCGUCAUGCUCUGCGUAGCUGGGUCAUGAAGGAGACACGGUGAGAAGCAGAGGAAGGAACCUGCUCAAAGGUAACCCCCGUGGCCGAAGGGGGAGCUUCUGGCUCGGCAGCUUUGGCUCAGUUGCACUUAUGAAGCUGUAUUUUGACAUAAGAAUGUCAAAAAACAUGAAAGUGUGGACUGUGUUCCCUGAGCACCAGGGUGGAACAAGGCAUGUUGCAAGGACAUCCUAUUUAAUGUCUUCCAUUAAGGAAUUAUUUUGUCUGUGGGUGUUUCAAGGCAAGGAUGAGCGUAUUGUCUUGUUCAGCACUGGGGGGAUAAUAAACGGAUAAUAAAUUGUUCAACAGGA